AUGACGAAUCGUCUCGCUAUUCGGAUGACACGGAUAGCCUUGGGCUAUGCAGCUGGAAAGCCGAGCAACCGACAGCACAGACCAGCCGACGAUCAGCCGGCCAUUGCCCCGAAUGCGGCAACAUCUUCCACAAGAAAGCUGCUGACGUUGCGACGUAUUGUUCCGGAAAUUAUUCGCCGGGGAGCGGAAAUAUCGAGUAAACGCCCUGAAAAUAGGGCCUCGUGCUCAGCAAUUGGCAGCUUGCCAAAGCUUGCAGAUCCCCUCGUGCUCCCCUGCGGCCACUCGAUCUGCACGGACUGCUGCACGAAACGCCUUGCCGCUGACCCGGUCCAUCGGCCCCCCGUUAAGAGGAGAAUUCGGAUGGGUGUGAAAAGCCUGGCCAGCUCGGCGUCGUCGAGCAGCUCCCUGGCCAGCUCGAGCGCCACGUCUUCUUCUGCUUUCCCGCCGUCCAAGAGCCCGGCUUGCCCGGAGUGCUGCGCACCGGCGAGAUUGACGCGAACGCAGUACGGUAAUGAUAUGACGGUGGAGGGGCUGUUGGCUGAAGAUUUUAACCUGAUGGUCGAUAUUUUGGAUGAUACGUACACCGAGGCGAACCUGGAGCAAGCCAACGGGGUGCUCGUCCUCUACUCGGUGACUGAUGCCGAGUCUCUCAACCAUGCCGAUCGAAUGAUUUCCCGGAUUCGAGCAGAGCAUGGCAUUCAGACUCCAAUCGUGCUGCUCGGCACCAAGAUGGACGCCGACCGCAAGCGCGUCGUCAGCGAGUGUGAAGGCGAACGACUGGCCCGCCGCCACCGCGUCCACUUCAAGGAGGUGUCGGCUCGCCGAAAUGAGGGCGUCAACGAGGCCUUCGACGUCCUCCUCACCCAAAUCGUCCGCCGUCAAGGCAUGGAAAUCAAC